UAUCAAUUCAAGGUCAGGAUGUUUGUAUUUUAAUCAGUCUGCUUGGCCCUCUGAAUGGCUCUAGGACUAUCUGUACUUUCUACCGAUUCUUUUAUAUAAAUCAACCACAAUGGCUUCAAAAAUGUUGAAACUACUAAAAUCCGAAUCCCACCUCCUGCAUAGAAGCUACAGCAGCUCAGCUCCAUCCACUAAACUUUACAUUGACGGACAGUAUGUCGAAUCAAAGACUAGCAAAUGGAUUGAGCUCACCAACCCAGCCACAAACGAAGUUAUUGGCAAAGUACCAGAAGCGACGCCAGAUGAACUGAACGCAGCACUAGAGUCGGCAAAGAGAGCGUACAAAUCAUGGGGCCAAAGCACUGUCAUGACCCGUCAGCAACUUAUGUUCAAAUUCGCACGUCUGUUGCGAGAGAACGCGAGCAAGCUGGCGGCUAAGAUCACAGAAGAACAGGGCAAAACUAUUGCUGAUGCCGAAGGUGACGUGCUUAGAGGAAUUCAGAGUGUCGAGCACUGCUGCAGUAUCACUAGUCUACAACUCGGCGACAGUAUUCAGAACAUUGCCAAGGACAUGGACACACACUCCUACAAGACUCCUCUUGGUGUGGUUGGUGGUGUCGCUGCAUUCAACUUCCCCGUAAUGAUUCCUCUGUGGAUGUUCCCGCCGGCGUUGGUUACUGGCAACACAUGCAUCAUCAAACCCUCAGAGCAGGACCCUGGUGCUACCCUUAUGACCAUGGAGUUACUGAAGGAAGCCGGCGCCCCUCCUGGUGUAGUCAACGUAGUCCACGGCACGCACGACGUAGUGAACUUCCUCUGCGACCAGCCGGAUAUUAAGGCGGUGUCGUUUGUCGGCGGAGACGCGGCUGGCAAGCACAUUUAUAAGAGGGCUUCUGCUGCAGGCAAGCGCGUACAAAGCAACAUGGGUGCGAAGAACCACGGCGUCAUAAUGCCCGACGCGAACAAGGAGCAUACAUUGAACCAACUGACGGGUGCAGCUUUCGGUGCAGCUGGCCAGCGUUGUAUGGCGCUUAGCACCGCCAUCUUUGUUGGCGAAGCCAAGGAAUGGAUCCCAGAUCUAGUGGCCCGCUCCCAAGCGCUGAAGGUGAACGCGGGUCAUGUACCUGGCACUGACGUCGGGCCUGUUAUCUCCGUCAACGCUAAGAACAGGAUCCUCCGCCUCGUCGAGUCUGGUGUAAAAGAAGGCGCCAAGAUCGCUUUAGACGGACGCAACAUCAAAGUAUCCGGCUUCGAGAAAGGCAACUUCGUCGGACCGACCAUCCUCACAGGCGUUCAACCCAGCAUGGAGUGCUACAGGGAGGAGAUUUUUGGCCCCGUCCUCAUUUGUUUAUUCGUCGAUACCCUUGAUGAUGCUAUUAACAUGAUCAACAGCAACCCUUAUGGUAAUGGAACCGCAAUCUUUACCACAAACGGAGCAACAGCAAGAAAAUUUGCGUCAGAGAUCGACGUUGGUCAAGUAGGAGUAAAUGUACCUAUCCCAGUUCCACUAUCUAUGUUCUCGUUCUCUGGUACACGAGGCAGCUUUUUGGGAACCAACCACUUUUGCGGUAAACAAGGUAUUGACUUUUUCACUGAAUUGAAAACGGUCGUUUCAUACUGGAGACAGAGUGAUGUAUCUCAUACAAAAGCUGCUGUCUCCAUGCCCACUCAACAGUAGAUCAUUAUAAGCAGCUAUAUACAGGGUAUUACAAAAUUGUUUAAAGAGCAUUCCACCAGGCGGUCAGUCUGUCUGUUUGCUAAAAGUAACAAUGUAAAGGCAUUCCAUAAAAAAACCCAUUGAAACCUUUAUUUUAACUUGUAGUAAUACUCAUACGUAAAAAUAACAGAUGCCCCGAAAUCUGUCUAAGUUUUGAGUACAAAUUUAUAAAUGCGAAUUAUUUAUUGCCUUAGGUAUUAUAUUAUAAUUUGUAUCGGUAAAUGGUUAUUUAUGUAUAAAAUUAUGUCUUCCAUUUUAUAAUAUAUAGUAAGGUAAUAUUGUUGAUUAAUUAGUAAUAUGAACACUUGUUUUCUUCGACACCGAAUUGUUCUUCUAAUAAAUUAUUGU